AUGCGCCAAUCAUCCAUCUCUCCCCACACCAACACUACAAUGUCCUCUCAAGCAUUCAUCCUCCCCCGCGCCUCUCCCUCCCCAUCCGAGGGCUUGGGCCCCAACCACAAAACCAUAACCCAACUCGCCCUCGGCCGCCUCGACCAAAUCGACCACCCCGCCGUCUUCUGGCCCAAAGACGCCAUUCGCCUUAUCAAGCACAAACCCCUCUUCGACGAUGCUUCAAAGUACACGCUUGUGAGGGUUAUCGGCGCUUUGGAGGCGUUAGAGAAGAGGUGGGAGGGAGAUUGGAAGGGGGUGGUUUGUGGGAGGACGGUGGGGGAGUUUAGGGAUUUGAUGGCUUGA